CUUCAAAGUUAAAUGCUUACAAAAGAAAACAAUUUACAUGGUCUCGUUCCCUCUCUUUCUCUCUCUGAUUUAUCUUCGAAUGCCCAAAUUAACUGUAUUUCACAAUCCCACUUGUACCAAGUCUAAGCGUAGUGUAUCAUGUUUGGAAACAAACAAGGCAAGUUAUGACUUAGAAGUGAUUGAAUAUCAAGUCAAUACUCCUUCCAACGAAACUUUAAGCAUCUUAUCUGAUUACCUCGGUCUCACACAAAAGCCCGAGUCCGAAGCUCCAUGGAAUUAUCUCUUACGCCCUGAAGCUCAAGGAAAGGCCAAGUCUUUUGAAGAAGCCUAUCGUUUGAUCCAAGCUGAUCCCGCACUCCUUGAAAGACCUUUUGUCAUUGAUUGGGAUCGUAAAUUAGCUGUCCUAGGUCGUCCCGAUAUUUCUCUUGUAGAAAAACUGGUGGCUGAACGUGUUGCUCUCGAACAAUAAAUUUUAUAUUUACCUUGUAA